AUGUUCUCUUUAGAGUUUAAUGGUGAAACGGAAGAAUCUCACAUGGAAGAAACCGUCGUAUUGACAAGAGAGCCUCUUCUUGCCCAACAACAACAAAUCCCAUCUUCUCUAAUCAAUAAUUUGUAUAUUGGUCACUUCUUAGCUAGAUGGGAUGCCAGGAUGUGGGAAUUUUCUGUUGGUUUAUAUAUGAUCAACAUUUGGCCAGACUCUUUGCUGUAUGCAGCAAUAUAUGGUGCCAUAGAAUCUGCCUCCAUUGCACUGUUUGGUCCCAUAAUUGGAAGAUGGGUUGAUAAGUUGUCUUAUGUGAAGGUUUUGCAGUUGUGGUUGGUCACACAAAAUCUCUCUUUCGUUAUUGCUGGGGCAACUGUAAUUUCUUUACUUGUCAACUCAUCUUUGAAGUUUACAAAUUUUUCAGCUUUCAUAUUACUGGUGUGGACCAUCAAUAUCUGUGGUGGUAUUGCUGUGCUUUCUACUCUUGCCGGUACAAUCUUGAUUGAAAGAGAAUGGUUGGUAGUUAUAGCUGAAGGUCAACCCCCAGAAUUGCUGACAAAGAUGAAUUCAGUUACAAGACGCAUUGAUCUAACCUGCAAACUACUUGCUCCUGUUAUUACUGGGUUUAUAAUAAGCUUUGUAUCACUAAAAGCAUCAGCUAUAACUUUAGCAGUGUGGAAUACUGUGUUUGUUUGGGUGGAGUAUUGGCUUUUUACAUCUGCAUAUAAUGGGAUUCCAGCAUUAGGCCAAAGUAGCCAAAGGAGGAUGGCAAGACUUUCACAAAGUGAUCAACAAAGAAACAAUCCAACUUUGGAGGAAAAUAGCUUGCUUUCUGGUACUGAUGGUAGCUCAGAAAUUCUGGAUAGAAAUUACAGUAAAAAACUUUGUCAGAAGAUUUCAGAAAUUCCUUAUAUUGCUGCAUGGAAAGUUUAUUUGAAGCAAGAAGUUGCCCUUCCUGGACUAGCUCUGGCUUUACUAUUUUUCACUGUACUCAGCUUUGGAACAUUGAUGACAGCCACCUUAGAAUGGGAAGGCAUACCUGCAUAUGUCAUUGGAAUAGCAAGAGGAAUAGGUGCUGCGAUUGGAAUUACUGCAACAGUUGCAUAUCCUGUGCUACAAUCUCAAAUAUCAACUAUUAGAACAGGAAUGUGGUCUGUAUGGUCUCAGGAUCUUGUUCCUGAAUCUGAUCGUUUGAUUGUUGGGGGUGUUCAGAACUCACUUCAAUCUUUGAUGGAUUUCUUGGCCUAUGCUACGGGAAUCAUAAUAUCUGAUCCACGGGACUUCUGGAAGUUGACUUUGUUAUCAUUUCUAGCUGUCACAUUAGCUGCACUCCUCUACUGCAUCCAUGUUCAAACAUUGCACAAUUUAGCUCAUAAGGAAGCAUGUACAAAACUUGAAACUCAGGAGACAAGUCUUUUGCCAAAGUGGCUCUUGGAUCUACUCCACAAUUCACACUCAAAUGCUUCCUUUGAUAGCAAUUGUGAAAUGGAAGAAAGCGUGAAACUGGGGGUGCCUCCACUCACCGGACAACAACAAAGGCCAUCAUUAGCUCUAAUCACUUAUCUGUACAUUGCCCACUUCUUAGCAAGAUGGGGUACCAGAAUGUGGGAAUUCUCUGUUGGUUUAUACAUGAUCAAUAUUUGGCCAGAGUCAUUGCUGUAUGCAGCAAUAUAUGGUGCCGUUGAAUCUGCUUCCAUUGCAGUGUUUGGUCCCAUAAUUGGAAGAUGGGUUGAUAAGUUGUCUUCUGUUAAGGUUUUACAAUUUUGGUUGGUGACACAAAAUCUCUCUUUUAUUAUUGCCGGGGCUUCUGUAGUUGCCUUACUCAUCCACUCAUCUUUGAAGUUUACACAUUUCUCCAUUUUCAUGUUGCUGGUGUUGACAAUCAACGUCUGUGGUGGCAUUGGCGUGCUUUCAACUCUUGCGGGUACAAUCCUGAUUGAAAGGGAAUGGUUGUUAGUUAUAUCUGAAGGGCAACCUCCAGAAUUGCUUACAAAGAUGAACUCAGUUACAAGACGCAUUGAUCUAAGUUGCAAACUUCUUGCUCCUGUCAUCACGGGGUUCAUAAUAAGCUUUGUAUCACUUAAAGCAUCUGCUAUAACUUUAGCACUGUGGAAUACAGUCUCUGUUUGGGUGGAGUAUUGGCUUUUCACAUCUGUAUAUAAUGGGAUUCCUGCUUUGGGCCAAAGUAGCCAGAGGAGGAUGGCAAGACUUUUACAUUGUGAUCAGGAAAUGAGUAAUCGAACUUUGGAGGAAGAUAGCUUGCUUCCUGCUACUGGUGGUAGCUCAGAAUUGACAGAUAGAAAAUGUAGUAAAAAUAUUUCUGAGAAGAUUUCACAGAUUCCUUAUGUUGCUGCAUGGAGAGUUUACUUCCAGCAAGAAGUUGCACUUCCUGGACUAGCUCUGGGUUUGCUAUUUAUCACUGUACUAAGUUUUGGAACUUUGAUGACAGCUACUUUAGAAUGGGAAGGAAUACCUGCAUAUGUUAUUGGACUAGCUAGAGGAAUAAGUGCUGUGAUUGGAAUAGCUGCAACAAUUGUAUAUCCUGUGCUUCAGUCUCGUAUAUCAACAAUUAGAACUGGACUUUGGUCUAUAUGGUCUCAGUGGACUUGCCUCCUUCCAUGUGUAGCUGCAAUAUGGAUUCAAAGUAGCUUUCUAUCAUCAUAUAUUCUGAUGGGAAGUGUAGCCAUUUCUCGGCUUGGAUUGUGGAUGUUUGAUUUGUCUGUAGUUCAACAAAUGCAGGAUCUUGUUUCUGAAUCCGACCGUAUGAUUGUUGGAGGUGUUCAAAAUUCACUUCAGUCUUCGAUGGAAUUAUUGGCCUAUGUUAUGGGAAUUAUAAUAUCUGAUCCACGGGACUUCUGGGAAUUGGCUUUAAUAUCUUUUCUAGCAGUCACGUUAGCUGCGUUCCUCUACUCUAUCCACGCAUACCAUGUACGAAAGCACCUCUUCCACUCUGACCCAGUAUUGUGGGGUAAAUGUUUUGUGAGAGCAUCAUAA